AUGAAAUCCUUUGCCCGAAGUCCGGAGUGGGAUGCGGCGGGCAGCUAUCGUGCUUCUCUAGUGCCAAUCCUGCUUUUACUGUUUGUACCAGCGAUAUACAGUCUCGUGACCUACGACAAGAGGCGAAGGUUCUUGCCGCCUGGACCGAAGGGCUACCCAUUCAUAGGCAACCUACCAGCGUUCUCCAAUGCCGACAAGCUGCCUCAAGUCAUAUCGAAAUGGGCCAAGGAACAUGGCCCCAUCGUCUAUUCACGGGUCGGCGUCUCGGACUGGAUCUUUGUCAACAGCCCUGUUAUCGCCAAGGAACUGAUGGAUAAGCGAGGGGCCAAAUACUCUGAUCGACCCUUUAUGCCCAUGGCAUUUGACGUAACCUCGAACCGGAACCGUAUCAUCUUUAUGCCUUAUGGAGAAAAAUGGAGACGCCUCCGAACAAUCAGCCAAGCCGCCCUCAGCAUCACCACGGCUUCGACAUACAAGCCUAUCCAGGAUUUCGAGUCAAUGCAGGUGCUAUACGAAUUGCUGCACGCCAAGGAUGACGAGGCUUUCUACGACAUCAACAGGAGGUAUUCUGCCAGCACCAUCAUGACGGCGACAUAUGGACACCGGGUUGCCGACUGGAGUGACCCUGUUAUCACGAGGAUUUACACAGUUCUAGAGCAUUUCAGCCAAAUGGCCGAGCCGGGUGCGUGGCUUGUAGACUCCUUUCCUUUCCUCGUCAAUCUGCCAUCGUGGAUGGUGCAGGGCUGGCGGAAUAUCGGGCGUCGGUGGUUCGAAUAUGACUCUAAGGUCUACCUGGACCUGUAUCUUGAUCUUGUCAACCAAAUAAAGAAGGGCACUUCACCCGACUGCUUCAUUCGCGAUCUAUACGAGUCUAUUCAACGCAAUCCUGAAAAGAACGGCAUCAGUGAUGAGCUUGCUGCAUACGCAGCCGGGUCACUUGUCGAGGCAGGGAGUGAGUCAACAUCAACGGUCAUCAACGCUUGGAUUAUGGCCUGCCAGCUGUUUCCGGAUGUCGUCUCGACCGCCCAGAAAGAGCUCGACGAUGUCAUUGGCUGCGACAGGAUGCCGACCUUUGAAGACGAAGAGAAUUUGCCAUACAUUCGGGCUAUGGUAAAGGAGACGCUCCGUUGGUGGCCGAUUACAAAGUCAGGCAUGCCUCAUUCCGUGACCGAGGAUGACUGGUAUGAUGGCUACUUCAUACCUAAGGGCAGUGUAGUCGUACUGAAUUGGUGGGCCAUACAUUUCGACGAAAACCGAUGGUUUGAUGCUCACAUCUAUGACCCCAGCCGCUACCUUGACGAUCCACACACGACGGCGGAAUGCGUUAACCUCGCCGACGCCACCAAGCGGGACCAUUAUGCAUACGGCUCUGGGCGCCGGAUUUGCACAGGGAUGCAUCUAGCCCAGAACUCUCUUUUCCUAAAUAUGGCGCGAACUUUGUGGGCUUUCAACAUCAAGCGUGCGGUUGGCGCCGAUGGCAAAGAAAUCGAGCCUGUCGUGGAGUCUCAGCCGGGCUUUAUCAACUCGCCCGUAAAAUUCCGUGCUGUGCUGGAGCCAAGGAAGCCUUUCUUCAGCACCAGUGUCUGA